GUGUGUGUGAGAGAUGUCCUGGUUCCUGUUCCGGAGCUCACACGGGGGACAGUGACACAACGGAACACAAAAAUAACGACCAGCGUAGCGUCAAGACUCUAGAACACAAUGUCUACGUUCUAGUGUUCUAUCCAGAGUGUUCUAUCUGGAGUGUUCUGUGCAGAGUGUUCUAUCUGGAGUGUUCUGUCCAGUGUUCUAUCUGGAGUGUUCUGUGCAGUGUUCUAUCUAGAGUGUUCUAUCUAGUGUUCUGUCCAGUGUUCUAUCUGGAGUGUUCUGUCCAGUGUUCUAUCUGGAGUGUUCUGUCCAGUGUUCUAUCUGGAGUGUUCUGUGCAGUGUUCUAUCUAGAGUGUUCUAUCUAGUGUUCUGUGCAGAGUGUUCUGUGCAGAGUGUUCUGUGGCUGGGCUGUGGAUCACAAUGGGACUCCGUAGAAGAGGAUUCUAACUAGGCCGUCUCUGUAAUUUGCGAGUUGAAUAAUUAAUCCGUUGGUUGGACGGCAGCAGGGCAACAUGAAGACGAUGGUGCUACUGGUGUGGAUCAGCUGCUGGAUAAAUGUGUGUACCAGUGCCCAGGGUCGUUAUGCCCAGAAGCUGCUUAAUGACCUGAUGGAGAAUUACUCCAGUGCUCUGAGACCAGUAGAUGACACGGACAAGACCCUGAACGUCACACUACAGAUCACCCUGUCUCAGAUCAAAGACAUGGACGAGAGGAACCAGGUGUUGACUACCUACCUGUGGAUCCGUCAGACCUGGUUUGAUGCGUACCUGAAGUGGGAUAAAGAGGAAUAUGACGGUCUGGAGGUCAUCCGCAUCCCCUGUAACCUGGUCUGGAGACCUGACAUAGUGCUUUAUAACAAGGCUGAUGAGGAAGCCUCUGGUCCAGCAGAGACCAACGUGGUGUUACGUUACAAUGGAGAGAUAACCUGGGACAUGCCGGCCAUCACCAAGAGCUCCUGUGUUGUGGACGUCUCCUACUUUCCCUUCGACUGGCAGUGGUGUAACCUCACGUUUGGGUCCUGGACAUACAACGGCAACCAG